AUUUCUAUGUGAUCUAUGGACUUGACUCGCUGUACUUUACUAGUGCUGAGUAAGAAUUUUUUUUUCAGAUUUACAUAACGAGAUAGAGGGGCUUGUAGACCAGCCUGAAGAGCCAUUACAUUCAUCGACAGAACAAGACAUGGGCGAUUGCGAAGAUUACGCCGAUAUUGACUGUCAUCACAUUCUAUCCAUUGCAGGUAAAAUAAUAAGCAUUGUUUUGUAACUUUGAUCAGAGCAUUACAAGGAACCGGUAGUUUCGGUUCGCGACAUGUUGCUUUGUGUCGCAAAAAUAACAAAAUUUCUGUGCUUUUUUUAUAAUUUUAUUUAGAAUAUAUUUAUUUCGCUGGUCGUUCUCACAUCAGUGAAGAGAAUCUUGUUUCAUUUAGCUAAUUAUAAGUUGUUUAUUUUCAUCUUAUACAGUGUAUCACAAUUUCUUGAGCAACUGCUUUGAAUUGCCCUUCUCUUGAAAAUACCGAAACCAUUUUUAUUUGCUUCUUUGAGGUCUGCUGAUGCACUGCAGACCAAUUUGACUUUUUUUAAUGUAUAAAAUUUAGGCGAUGAUAAAAAUGCAAGAAAAGCCAUCGUGUUUUCAGCGUGCCGAUUGCCUCCGAAAACUGAAAUUGAUCAUCAGAAACUGUUCAGGUAAAUUCCUUUCUGUCAUUCCUUUUUAAAUUUUGUUUGCAUGCUUGUUUGUUUAUUUGUUUACUAGUAAUUGUUAUGUUGUUUAGAUGUGUACAGUACAUGCUUCCUUGCUUGUUUGUUUACCUGUUUACUUAUUUACAUGUUUACUUAUUUACAUGUGUAUUCGCAUGCAUACUUAUUUUGACUCUCUCCUUGAUGAGUAAAAUCAUCUGGCAUUAGACAGAGUAAAAGAAUAAAGUAGGGUGCAUUGCUGCUUAAUGGUUUAAACACUUGUUUACUAAUUUACUUUCAUAGUUUAAUUGUUGACAUGUUUAUUUGUUUACUUACAGUAUUUAUUCAAUUGCUAAUUAUUCAGUUGUUUAUCAAAUUCUUGACUUAUUUGCUUGUCUAUUUGUUAACCUGUUUACUAGUUUAACUUUCUUCUUUCUUUAUUUGUUUACCUGUUUGUUUACUGUUUUUUGCACACCUAUUAACUUGUUUAAUUGUUGACAUGUUUAUUUGUUUACUUACAGUAUUUGUUCAUUAAAUUGUUUACUAACAUCUUGUCUUGUUUGUGUGUCUAUUUGUUAACUUGUUUACAGUACUUGUUUAUUAACAUUGGUUGUUUACCCCUCUAGAUACAUGCAGUAUACAUUGGAUCAAUAUGUAGAGAACGAUUACUCUGUUGUCUACUUUCAUCAUGGUCUAAACAGCAAAAAUAAACCCUCAAUCUCAUGGCUGGUUCAAGUUUACCAAGCACUCGAUCGAAAGUAAGUUUAAUUAGGAGGAAAAUCUUUUGUAUCUUUUGUCAAACACGCUCAAACUAAUGAACUAUUGAAUAUUUAGGUACAAGAAGAAUUUGAAGGCUCUGUUUAUUGUCCAUCCAACAGGAUUCAUUAAAGUUAUCUGGAAUGUUCUAAAACAGUUCAUUAGGUUGGUGCUUACAUUCAAAUCCUGCAAUUUGCAGUUGUCUAAGAGAUGACCCUUACUGGACCUCCAGAGAGAACAGUUUAGACUUUGCCUAGAAGCGUGGCAUAUAAAUAUGAGUCAUCAUGCUUUGAAUAGGGAUGACGGCGCCUAUUUCCCAGAGGAAUAUAUGCAUCUUCUUGGCAGGUGACGUCAUCCCUUGGGUAUUUAAGAAGCCACGAUCGCAGUUUUAGAUCACCCCUGAUAAAGACAAUAGACCGGAGUGUCGAAACGUUGGGUCUUGAUUACAAUUCGACUGGGCUUUGUAAUAAUUUAUUUAAACCAGAGUAGCGAGCGAAACAUGAGUUUAGAAUUGAUAGAACUAUCCAGUAUAAAUAAAGUUAGUUUAGGUUUCCUUCUGUAGUAACACUGGAUCAAUAAGAGAUCCUUACUGGACCUCUAGGAAGAACAGUUUAGAACUGAUAGAGCUAUCCAGUAUAAAUAAAGUUAGUUUAGUUUAGAUUUCCUCCUGUAGUAACACUGGAUCAAUAAAAGAUGACUCUUACUAGACUUCUAGGAAGAACAGUUUAGAAUUGAUGGAUCUAUCCAGUAUAAAUAAAGUUAGUUUAGUUUAGAUUUCCUCCUGUAGUAACACUGGAUCAACAAAAGAUGACUCUUACUAGACCUCUAGAAAGAACAGUUUAGAACUGAUAGAGCUAUCCAGUAUAAAUAAAGUUAGUUUAGUUUAGAUUUCCUCCUGUAGUAACACUGGAUCAAUAAGAGAUGAUUCUUACUGGACCCCUAGGAAGAACAGUUUAGAACUGAUGGAUCUAUCCAGUAUAAAUAAAGUUAGUUUAGUUUAGAUUUCCUCCUGUAGACUGUAAUAACACUGGAUCAAUAAGAGAUGAUCCUUACUGGACCUCUACAGAAAACAUUUUUGAAAUUAUAUAGUUGUUCAGUACAGCGAUAAAUGGACGUGUGAUUAGUUUAAUUUUCACCAAUAUCUUUUCUUUGUAGUACAAAGUUUGCCAAGAAAGUUGUGUACGUCAAUCGUUUGUCAGAGCUCGAAGAACAUUUACAUCUGGCACAGCUUGACAUUCCUGAACUAGUUAAAAAGUAAGUUCAUGUGAAAAUACGUCCACUUACUCUAGACCUAUUAUAACUAAAAUUAGUUUAGGUUUCCUCCUGUGGUAACACUGGAUCAAUAAGAGAUGAUCCCUACUGGACGCCUAGGAAGAACAGUUUAGAACUGAUAAAUAGAAUUAGUUUAGUUUUACAUAUGUUUUAUGUUUUUUAAUAUGUUCACUUCUAGUCAUGAUGAAGAAAUUUCAGCAAGAUACAAACCAAAAUAUUCACCCGCAGUUUUUCACACAGCUUUGGAUGUACCUCUGCCUGAGACACAGCAAUUUGGUGUCACUUUGGACAGGUGGGGGCUUAACUAUGAUUGGACAUUUCUGGGGAGUGGUAUCUCUAUUUUGCACGAAAAUGAAAAUGAAAUGAUACCCAUGUUUUGAUACGAAGUUCCUUAGGGCGAAAUUGUCUUCAGUCGUAUUAAACAAGGUUGUUGUGAAGCCGAUAUCAGGAUGUGUUCGCACUGCUUGUUCCCAGUUGUUGCGACAAGUCUGGAACAAGUUGUUAUCACCUUGUUACAAGCUUGAUGACGGUAACAGACUGGCUACAAGUUGUUCCAACAAGACCAAUACAGGCUGCUCGUAAUAAAUUGUUACUUGUUUUACAGAAUAAAAUUGAAGACAGGUGAAGAUAUUCCUCCUGUUGUACAAUGUACUGUUGAGUUCUUAAGGGAAUCAGGUAUAGCUUUACCACUAACUUUGUUUAUACUGGAUAGCUCUAUCAGUUCUAAACUGUUCUUCCUAGAGGUCCAGUAAAAAUAAUCUCUUAUUGAUCCAGUCUUACUACAGGAGGAAACCUAAACUAAACUAUAACUUUAUUUAUACUGGGUAGCUCUAUCAGUUCUAAACUGUUCUUCCUAAAAGGUUCAUUUUCACUUUGCUCAGGUCUUGAAGUCGAAGGGCUGUUCAGACGUUCCGCAAAUGUCACGGUGGUAAACGGGUAUGCAGCAAUUUUUAAUCGAGGUAUUAUAUUCGGCAUUCACGAGAGAAUAUUUUAAACUACAGCUUCAUUAAUACGGCCCUAAAAAAUAUUGGUGAGUCACAGAUAUUGUCCGACCCAUUCGUGAAAUUGUCCGACGUAGAGAGGAAACCACUGGACAUUCUGUCCGACCUAAGUGAAACUGAGGUUUGUUUGUUCGACACCCGAGUGUAUUGGUGUCCGACCUAACUGUAACUUUGUCCAACAUCAAUCAAAAUGUACCCUAGUCCAGGACUAGAGGCUCGUAUGUUAAAUGGAGAAUCAGAGUAAUGUAUAAAAAGUGAAAAUGUGUAAUCAAGUGCGGGGUUUUCACAGUGGGGUUCCGAAAUUCAUUGCCAAGAUUCAAAUGACUUUUCCAAAUUGUUCUGAUUAAUAUUUGUAUCAUUCAUAAUUAUUUCCAAGCCAAACUGAACUCAAAGUCUUUGGGACAUCACAAUACAUAUGUCCGACCCAAACUCAAAGUCAUCGAAGAUUUUGUCAGACGGUUCUCUGGCCGAUAUUUUAAGGCCUGAUUAAUAGCUAUUUAUAAUCAAGUAAAUACAAGCAUGCUUGGCGUUAUCACUUAACAAAUGAACCGAUAGGAACAGCUCAAACUUUACAAUAACCUUCUUAACUCUCUAGGAGAAACCGUACAAUUUGUUUGGGAAGAAGACACUCAUGUCGCCGCUGUUUUACUGAAGAAAUUUUUACGAGAACUUCCAGAACCCUUGCUCACGUUUCAACUCUACGAUGAUAUUAUGAGAAUACAUGGUAAGUAAGAUAGAGGUGUGCAGGGGCUGAUCUAGGCUGAUCACCAAGAAGGGGUACAGGUUUUCCAUGGGGUGGUGCAUGAGGGAGCCUUACUGCCCACUCUCCUCUGCAGUCUGCAACGCUACUAUCCCAACAUUACCAUUAUUUGAGAUGCCCGAAUCUGCAUGUUCGCCGUUCUGUUACGUUUUACAUUAUCUUUUGUUUAUAAAGUUUAUAUUGCCUUUUUUAUCACGUAUGCGUGACUGGACAGUUGCUGUAGCAGUAUACAGUAAACUUGCGUGUUCAAGUACAGUUUAUUUGAAAAUAUGGCUGUAGAACAACCUCGACAUGUUUACAUAUUUAACCAUGAUUUUAACUAAAGCAAUCUGAGUAUUUUCUCGUGAGCUCACAAAUCAAUGAAACGGUUUCGAGAAAUCGACAUGCGCUAACAGUAGAAGUUCCGUUAAUCGCUAUUCGAAAAGCAGAAAAUGUAUGGUCAGGCAGAUUUUUUUAGGGUGGUGCUGGACUUUUCUAGGGGGGGGGGGGUAGACAACGCUAGGUGGGGACGUGGGGUACGCACCCCACCCCUAUGGUAGGUCCGUCCCUAGAAAUUUAAUUUUCUGUCAUCAUUUUUUCUCCGCAGCGUUGCCUGACGAGGAGAAAGUGGACGAAGUUGUGCGAGUUCUCAAGAGUGCUCUUCCACGACAGAAUUAUAUCGUGUUGAAAUAUCUCAUGGAGUUCUUGGUUCAGGUCAGUAUGCUCUUGUAGAUUUUUUAUUUUUGUGGAAAUACCGUAGUCAAUGUUACUGUACUGGCAACGUUGCGAGGCUCUUAUUCUAUCAACUAAAUUAAGCUAAACUAGCCUUAACUUGUUCUUCCUAGAGGUCCAGUAAGAGUAAUCUUUUAUUGAUCCAUUGUUACUACAGCAAGGAGGAAACCUAAACUAAACUAGCUUUAUUUAUACUAGAUAGCUCUAUCAGUUCUAAACUGUUCUUCCUAGAGGUCCAGUAAGGAUUAUCUCUUAUUGAUCCAGUGUUACUACAGGAGGAAACCUAAACUAAACUAACUUUAUUUAUACUGGAUAGCUUGAUCAGUUCUAAACUGUUCUUCCUAGAGGUCCAGUAAGGAUCAUCCCUCACUUUUUCCUAGAAUGUACAAUGAAAUUACAACAGUAUAAACUUUUCUUGUGUGUUCAGGUGAUGAACAACGCGCACUUGAACAAGAUGAAUGCCACAAAUUUGGCGAUUGUCUUUGGACCUAAUCUCAUUUGGACUGAAUCAGCCGUGGCCUCACUCAGCGCCAUGGGCCCAAUUAACUCAAUAGCCAAAAUAAUCAUAGAAAAUGUGCCUUCUAUUUUUGGCUAAUGUAAUAUACGAUGUGUGUUGAUAUUAAGCUGUUGCAUUAUUGCAAUGUAAUUUAUAUUAUGUUCCUAUGCAUGCUGUUAUAGAUUGGCUAUGAGCCUAUACCUCAAAUGUAUAUUGACAAUUAUGGCUGUACGGAAAUGUUGCCAAAUGUUUCACAGAGGUGGACAAGCGCCCGAACAUUUCUGUAAACGAUUACAAUAUAUAGGGAACCGUCUUUUUAUCUUGUAUAGAUUAUGUUCUUUAAGAUGUGUUCUCGUAUGAAGCAGUAUGUCUUUAACACUGAUAUAAGGCGUACAAGAUAUAAAUGGUGAAGUAAUCAUAUUAGUUACAAUCUUACAGGAUUGAGAUGAAUAUUAUCAUUGAUGCUGUAAAAUUGACGCCAUAUUUCUACAGCAAUAUAAGCAAAACUUACUGAACUUCAGACAUCAUUUUCUCUUUGGCGUACCAUCUAAAAUCUCUUCAUUUUAGCAUUAUUUACAGAUAAAGCACUAAACAUACUUUUUAAGUUUGUUUAUUAAGUUUGUUUAACAAAUUCGGAAUAUAGUCCUAACCAAGUGGAAAAAUAUAUUCCAUAGUUUUGAGCGCGUGUCAUGUAACAUAAAAAGAACUUCUCCAUAGAUAGUAUUAAUUUUGUAAUAGAUUCUUUGUAGAUCUAAACAGCGAUAGAUUGAUAUUUAAUUUGUAUAUAAUCAUGAUUUGAAUGUAUAUUUAAUUUAAUAAAUGUACUUC